AGAUAUCGCGAUUCUCCCGUGAGACUUGGCUCUAUAAGCCCAUGGGAACGGCCUCUGGAAACCCUUUUCACCAAGAUGGCGCCGAAGGCGAAGAAGGAAGCUCCUGCCCCUCCUAAAGUCGAAGCCAAAGCAAAGGCCUUAAAGGCCAAGAAGGCAGUGCUGAAAGGCGUCCACAGCCACAAGAAGAAGAAGAUCCGCACGUCCCCCACCUUCCGGCGGCCCAAGACACUGCGCCUCCGACGGCAGCCCAAAUACCCUCGGAAGAGCGCCCCCAGGAGAAACAAGCUUGACCACUAUGCCAUCAUCAAGUUCCCCCUGACCACGGAGUCUGCCAUGAAGAAGAUAGAAGACAACAACACCCUGGUGUUCAUUGUGGAUGUCAAGGCCAACAAGCACCAGAUCAAACAAGCUGUGAAGAAACUCUAUGAUAUUGAUGUGGCCAAAGUCAACACCCUGAUCAGACCUGACGGAGAGAAGAAGGCCUAUGUGCGGCUGGCUCCUGACUAUGAUGCUCUGGACGUUGCCAACAAAAUUGGGAUCAUCUGAACUGAGUCCAGCUGGCUAAUUCUAAAUAUAUGUUUUUCCACCAUACAUAGG